GCUGGGCUGUGUCACAGGGAGUCAGGGCGAGUCCUAGCUGCAGACGUCGUCGAGUGUGGAACCAGGAUGCGCAUCAAUAUGAGAAGAAACCAUCGCCUUGCUCUCAACGGUUUAUCAUUGACGAACGUGUGACCGCUCGGAUCAACACACAAGGGAAACCGUCUGACGUACAUCUCAAAGAACUGACGUGACAAGACGAUUAGAUUUGUGUCCUGCUCCAAGCUGUUCUGCUCCGCGGUCCCUCUAAUACAAAAAUCAAUCCCCUGACGUGAAACCAUGUCCGGAAGGGAGCGCAGCCCCCGCCAUCGGCCAUGGUCAGUCUACCGGGCCAACACGUUUGAUCUCUCUGCUGAGAUGAUGGGACUGGCGCUCUCAGGCAAAAGCCAGGAUCCAGACGAGCCUGUGCUGGAGUUCAGUGUUGCCUGCAGUGAACUGGUUACUCCGUCUCUGGAUCGUAAGCCAACCAGCUUUGUCGCCAUCAGCUGCACCACGCCGCCCCAGGCCUUCUGGACCAAGCACGCUCAAACUGAAAUCAUUGAGGGGACCAGUAACCCCAUCUUCCUGAGCAGUGUAGCAUUCUUUCAGGACUCUCUGAUCAAUCAGCAGACUCAGGUCAAGCUCUCCGUCUAUGAUGUGAAGGAUCGCACACAGGGCACGAUGUACAUGCUUGGUUCGUCCAUGUUUUCCGUGAAGGAGCUGCUGCAGGACAAACACCACCGACUGCACCUGACUCUCAAGUCAGCGGAGAGCGAGCGUGUGGGCAACAUCACCGUCAUCGCCUGGCAGAUAGAGGAGAAGCGCGAGCAGAGGGCUCCUGUCGCGAGGUUACAGAGAGGAGACACCGUCAAUGGAAGAAUGGUCCUCCCUGUUGAUGAGAGCCUGACUGAAUCCGGGGGUAUAAAAUCCAAGUCUUCGUCCCUGUGUAAAGAUCCACAGCUGAAGGCUGUGUUCGGAGGCGUCAUGUCUCGGACGUACCGUUUCCCCACCACGGAUGGAAACCACCUGCGGAUCCUGGAGCAGAUGGCAGAGAGCGUCCUCUCCCUGCACAUCCCUCGACAGUUUGUCAAGCUGCUGCUGGAGGAAGAUGCCGUCAGGGUGUGUGAGCUGGAGGAACUGGGCGAGCUGUCUCCGUGUUGGGAAAACCUCAGGAGGCAGAUCAUCACUCAGUACCAGACCAUCAUCCUCACCUACCAGGAGACCAUAAGUGACCUGCACGAGUAUAAAGGUCCGUCCUUUAAGGCGAGCACCUUGAAAGCUGAGAGGAAGCUGGAGUUCAUACCCACUAACCUUCAUAUCCAGAGGAUGAGAGUACAGGGAGAGUCCGGUUAUGACCACACGUAUGAUGUCGUGACCAUCGGAGCUCCUGCAGCACAUCACCAAGGCUUUAAAGGCUGCGGCCUCCGAAAACUGCUGCACAAGCUCGAGGACGCCAGAAAACACACUUAUGAGGAGGAGAGCUCUGCUGGCUCUACAGCAAAGACAUACCAGCCUCAGGAUGUGGUGAAAGCGAAGGAGCUGAUUGGUCAAAUCAACACUCUGAAGACGCAAGUGUGUUACUACACCGAACGCCUGUCGCGAGCUGCCAAGGACCGCUCGGCCAACGCUCUGGAGAGAACCCUGGCCAUCCUGACAGAGAAGACUCGUCAGUUAGUGACCGCGUGCGACUCCAAGCUCCUGUCAUCAGCCAUCCUCGCCCUGGCAGCCGCCCGCCCAGAGUUCAUCCAGCAACGCACCCCUUCGCCGUCCUCUUCCUCCCUCUCGCCCUCCUCUCGUUCUCCAGCCCGCUCCCCCUCUCGUAACCCCACCUCCCCGUCUCGAGCUGCCACCUCCCCCUCUCGCCACAUGGCUCUUCCAGAGGGCAGCGAAGGGAGCAAAAACAAGCGGUGCUCCGUGCACGCAGAUGUCCACAAGGAGGAGUGGGAGAAGGACUGGUUAAAUGUUAAUAAGAGUCUGGAGUGUGUGAUCCAGAGGGUGGACCGGCUGCUGCAGCGGGACAAACUCCAGAGUGACAGUAGCUCUGAGGACGUCUUCCUGCUCGCCGACGAGGAGCCUAGUAACACCAAGAAAGACAAGAGUCCAGAAGUAGAGAAGAAGUCCCCAGGCGAGUGGAGCGACGCCCUCUAUCCUCUCCUCACCACACACACCGACUGCGUCUCUCUGAUGAGCGACAAAGCAAAGAAGGCCAUGGUGUUUCUACUGAUGCAGGACAGCGCCCCCACCAUCGCCAUGAGCCUCACCAUGCAGUACCGCCGCGACGUCGUCUUCUGCCAGACGCUGACGGCUAUGAUCUGUGGCUUCAUUCUCAAGCUGAGGAACUGUCUGUGUGACUCAGGCUUCCUCAGGCAGCUGCACACCAUCGGCUUACUGGUGCAGUAUGAGGGUCUGCUCAGCACCUAUGGUGAGGAGCUGGCAAUGCUGGAGGACAUGAGUGUCGGAGUGAUGGACCUGAGAAACGUCACCUUCAAAGUCACACAAGCUACUUCGGGUUUUGCCCCCGACAUGAUGCCAGUGAUCACAGGGAACAGGAACGGCUUCAACGUCAGGGUUCCGAUGCCCGGAGCGAUGUUUGACUCGCUGCCGAGAGAGAUCCAGAACGGAAUGCUGCUGCGCGUGCAGCCCAUCCUCUUCAACGUGGGGAUCAACGAGCAGCAGACGCUGGCUGAGAAGUUUGGUGAUACGUCACUGCAGGAGGUGAUCAACACGGAGAGCAUGACUCGCCUCAGCUCAUACUACGACCAGUUUAAAGAAGUCCUGCCUGAAGAGAGCCUCCCCCGCUCCCACAGCACCAGCAGUCUUCCUGAGCUGCUCAAGCUGCUGAGCCAGAACGUGAGCGCCAAGAAAAGCAAGAACGUGGAGAUUCUGUGGCAGGCGGCCGAGGCAUGUCGCCGCCUGAACGGAGUGCGUUUCACCAGCUGUAAGAGUGCCAAGGACCGCACGGCUAUGUCUCUGACCCUAGAGCAGUGUCAGAUCCUGCAGCAGGAGCACGCCCUGGCCCCGCAGGUCUUCUACCAGGCUCUGGACUGUAUGCGCAGUGAGGGCUGCAGGAGAGAGAACACCAUGAAGAACGUGGGAUGUCGUAAAUACGCCUUUAACUCUCUCCAGCUCAAGGCCUUCCCCAAACAAUACCGCCCCCCAGAGGGGACGUACGGGAAGGUUGAGACCUAAGUGGACACUGAACCAAAAAGACUGAAGGGGGGGAGGGGAUAAUGCUGAUGGCACCACACAAAGAAAAGAAAAAAAACACGGACUGGAAAAACAGCCCCUUUGUUUUGUGCUUAGUCACUGUUAAGAUGAUUCAUGUCCAAGUGCCAGUGCUACUGUAGAUCGUUUUAUAGCAGUUUCCUCUCUCUCUUCUCAACAGUACUAGAACGACACACGGCCUCGUCACAGCCGCAGACAGAAGAUACUUUCUGUGUUUCAUUGUAGCCAUUGUCCAGACUCCAGCUGCAGGACCAGUCGUAGCAUCAGGAAGCGAACUGCCGCUUUGCGAUUUUAACGUAAAUAGAAAUAAGACUUGCAAAUAUCCCAGUCUGUAGAAAGACGAUGUUGGUUUGAAGGUGUCCAUACGUGACCACACUGCUUUUAUUUGAUGUUACCAGUUUGUCAGAUACAGAAUAAAGCUGGGAAUCCUCUAUAGCUGUUAUCACUGUCGACAUAUCCCGUGAAGAGCAAUAAACUUAUUCAGCCGAGAGUGAUUUUCUGUUUCCAAAGCCAGAUUUUGCCCAUUCUGUCGUAAAAUUUUAUUUCAGUGUGGCUCCACAGCGCAUUAAAAACACACCAGUGACCCACACUGUUGCACAGGAUAACAUCCCUCCCUCACUAUGGGGAACAUGGGUACUGUAGUUGUGAGUCAAACCCGUGUAAACCACCCUUCUGCCAUAAAAACUCACCAGCAGACCAAACAUCCAGCAACACACCCGUGAAAAUCGUCCCCAAAACAACACAUUUGAGUACAAUUACCAGAAAAAAAUAUGUAUUUGAGGCUAAUUUCUAAUAUUCAUUUGGAAGUAUUCGGCCUGAUGCUGCAGAGACGGCACAGACGCUGGAGAACAUUGAGAAAAGGACCAGCACAGUUUAUUUUCAGACUUUUCAUGGGAUAUGUUGACAAUAUAAAUUAGAAUGACGGUUUCAUACUUUAAGGAGACAUUAGGCACAACCUCUCGGCAGAAUUCACUAAUUUUCAACCUCGUGCACCUCUGCUGAGGUCAUCAACAAUUCAUGGUAUUUGUCAAGUCAUAAUAUUACAAGAAUAAAGUUGUAAAAUGUUAUGCUACGUGUCAUUUUAGAGGAAGAAUAUUGCUAAAUCAGCCUUUUGUCUGUUUUGAAUCAGGAAUGUGAAGGAGCCUGUUAAUUUAUACUUCACUAUAUGUUUCAUAAAGCACCAAAUACUUCAUCCUUUGGGGAACCAGCAGGCAUCAGGUCUUGUAGAAUAAUGUGUAAGAAACUGUCUAUUCAGAAGAAACAACCACACAGACUUAGAGGACGUUGCCUCAUUCUUGUAAUAUUAAGACUUUAUUCGUGAAAUCUCGAGCAGGUGAUGAGGGAAAUAAAACCUUCUGCCAUUUGGA